GUCACGACGCACGCACGCACGCCGGAAGUGACGGAAAAGGGGGGCGUGGCCGGGCCACCCCCCCGCCCCGGGAGCGCAAUGGCGGCGCCCGGGAACGCGCAGAGCGCGAGUAAAACCUGGGAACUGAGUCUGUACGAACUGCACCGCACCCCGCAGGAGGCCAUUAUGGAUGGGACGGAGAUCGCCGUGUCCCCACGGAGUCUCCACAGCGAGUUGAUGUGUCCCAUCUGUUUGGAUAUGUUGAAGAACACGAUGACCACCAAGGAAUGUCUCCACCGGUUCUGCUCCGAUUGUAUCGUCACCGCUCUCCGCAGUGGGAACAAGGAAUGUCCCACCUGUCGGAAGAAAUUGGUCUCCAAACGAUCUUUACGCCCGGAUCCCAACUUUGAUGCCCUCAUCUCCAAGAUCUACCCGAGCCGAGACGAGUACGAGGCCCACCAGGACCGAGUCUUGGCCAAACUCAGUCGUCUCCACAACCAACAGGCCCUGAGCAGCAGCAUCGAGGAGGGCCUCAAGAUGCAGGCGAUGCACAGGGCGCAAAGGGUUCGGAAACUCCACCAAGAAUCGGACAACGCCACCUUCAGCGGUGGAGAAGACAACUGCGAUAGUCGUUCGCACCUCAGUAACGCCUCGGCUCCGAGUCACCCCGAGGCCGGACCCAGUCGGAAGAGGUCUCGUGCGUCCGACGAUUCCGGCGCCGAUCCCGAUCCGGAGGCGUCGCAGGACGGCGGCGGCGGCAGAGCCACUCCCGAGGCCGAACCCGGAGGCAGCGAGAUCGAACUCGUCUUCCGUCCGCAUCCGCUCCUCGUGGAGAAGGGAGAGUACUCGCAGACACGGUACGUGAAGACGACGGCCAACGCCACGGUGGACCACCUCUCCAAGUACCUGGCGCUGCGCAUCGCGCUGGAAGAGGCCAACGCGGGGCCCGACGCCAACGCGGGGCUCGAGGGGGUCAGCGAGAAGCAAUACACCAUCUACAUCACCACCGCCGGCGGCGCCUUCACGACACUCAACGGAUCACUGACGUUGGAGUUGGUGAACGAGAAGUACUGGAAGGUCAGCAAACCCCUCGAGCUCUACUACGCCCCCACAAAAGAGCAAAAAUAAAGGGGGGUCCCCCACCCCCCCAAAAAUUUAGGGGGUUCUGGGGGUCCCCAAAGCCC